UUUAGGAUGGCUUCUGAAAUCUACGACUAAUUAGUAACAGUUUUUACAAAUUCAGAUAAUAUAAUAAGAAACGAGACAGAAAAACAAUUAGUGGCAAGUUUAAUUGACAACAUUUAGAAUUUUCAAUAGAUUGCAUAAAUUGCUAUAACAUAAGAUAAAAGUAAGAUUAUAUUUUAAUAAUGAAUAGUGUAAGAAUAGGCAGCCAGUUUGUUGAACUAAGUUGUUUUAAAGAUGAUUACAACUAAAAAUGGUAGUAUAUUUAUUUCUUAAUUAAUUAAGUUUAAUUAUCAAUCCAUCAUGCAAAUUCUUUGUUAGCAAUUCUGAUGUCUUAAUAAACACACUUGAAAUAUAAAUAAUCCUUGAUAAAGUCAAUGAGUUUGAUAGUUAAAAAAGAUAAAAGUAAUAAAUAAUUUUAAAUCUAGGUGUAAAGACUGAAAUUGAGAAUAAGAUGAAAGAAUUUCUACGUCAAGAUUAAUAAUGGUAAUAUUAAACAGGAAUCUUAUUUUUUAAAAUUUUAUUAGAGUCUUUAGAACUAUAAACCUAUAGUUCGGUGGUAUAACAUGGCUAUGAAUGGAUAAGUGAAUUUUUCAAUUAGACUGCAUAUAUAAUGACUAAAUUGACAGAGUAACCAAAGGAAUUAGCAGAAGAUUUCAUAAUAACAAUAAGAACAUACACAUAAGCAGUUUGUGAUUUAUGUGAAAAAGUAUUUGACAAAAAUAACAGUUAAAAAGAACAAACAUAACCAAUUCAAAAUAUCUUGUUUUAAUUAAAUUCUUUUUCUGGCGUUCUUAUGAUAUUAUUAUCGUAUUCACCUUAAAUAGGUAAGUAGAUUUAAAAUUGCGCUAUAAUAAAUACAGGUAUUGAUCAUUUUGACAAUCAAUUAAAUGAGAUAAAAGCAUAAGUGUUAAAGAUUUAUUUUUUAAGUCUUUAAGUUUUAUUGAAUAGUCGGAAUAAGAAUGAAGUAAAGAAAGGUGCAUUUGGACCUUAUUUAACUACAAUAACAUAAUUGUUAAUUUAUUCUUUAUUGUCCUAUGUUAAUAAUGAACCGAUUCAAUAAAUAUAAAAGUAUAUAUAUGAUAUAAUAUAAUAAAGUAAGCCAUUUUUGGGAAACAUAAUAACAUACAUAAUGAAAUUAUUGGCAAAUUUAGGAUCUUAGACAGAACAAUAUCAAUUAUUUUCUGAUUCUAAGAUAUCGUUAAUAACAGAUGCAAUAUAUCCAUUUUUAAUAACAUCAUAGAAAGAAUAUUAAUAAAUGAAAGAUGAACCAGAAGAAUUCGUAAAUUUAGCAUUGGAUUCAGUAGAUAAAUAGUAAUCAGAUGUUCCAAAGACAGCAGCAGCAUCAUUAUUAGAGACUUUAUGUGAUCAUAUUGAUGGAUCAACAACAUUUUUAGCAAAUUUAGCAGUGAUAAUAUCAUAACAUUCAAUAAAUAUUUUAUCUAAUACUCCAAUGUAAUUUAAAGAGUAAUAAUUAACAUUUGUUCAAGCUUUAUAAGAGAAGUAGAUAUACAUUUAUAUAAUAGGAAAUUAUUUAAAGAAUAUAGUGCAGUUGAUAGAAUUGAGAGUAGUUUGGUUGUAUUGACAAUUAUGAGUUAUUUGAUAUAAAAAAGAAUGGAUAUAGUUUUAUUAAUGGAACAAUUAUUGACUGAUAAUUUAUAGUUCUUUUAGAAUGUUAAAGAAUAGAUAAUAAAAUUAAGACUAUCUUUAUUUUUUGGUUAUUAUUGUGAUAAUUUAUUUAAGAAGGAUACUUAAUCAUAAAAUAUGAAUGCAUAUUUAUAAAUAAUGAUAAGUUUUGUUUAACCUUAAGAGCCAGUAGUACUUUAUUAAUCAAUAGAUGCAUUGAAAGAUAUAUUUGAAGAUGAUGAUUUAAAAAUGAAAACUAAAGAUUUGGUAGUAAUAGUAUUUCCAUAAUUAUGUAAUGGACUUUAAUAUAGUACAUAUGAAAGACAUUUUGAAACAAUAACAAAUUUAUUAAAAAGAUAUCCUCAUUAAUUUUUAUAAAAUGAUAAUUUAUUGAUUGGUUUGGUUUAAAUUUUAACAUAAAGAAUAAUAAUUGAAUAAUAGAAAAUAAAUUCAGGUGAUUAAGAAAGACAUAUAUAUUUAAAUAGAUGUUGGAAUGUAUUAAGAUCAUUAGUUGAUUAAGAUGAGUUUGGUGAAAUAUUAGGAAAAUUAGAAUAGCAUUUAUCAUAAUUAUAUUUAAUGCUUGCUAAUAAUGAUAAAAUUGAUUUUGAUGAAGAUUUAGUAUUAUUUAUAUCUGGAUGUAUUUCUAAAUUAUCAGUUGUAUCAGAAUUAUAAAUGUAAAUAUUACCUUAUUUUUAAAAUAUAAUUAAAAAUUAUUAAGGUAGAUUAUGUAAUCUAUUUGAAACAUUAAAUUAAUAUAUGCAUUUUGGUAGAAACUAUUUUUUGAAUGAAAAUUAAUAAUCUAUAUAUUUUAAAUUGGCAUUUUAGAAUUUAUAAAAUGAAGAUAGUUAUGGUGAUAUAGAAUAAGGAGAAGGAGCAUUAUUAAUUUAAUUAGGAAUAUAAGAAUUAGGUGAUGAUCUUAAAACUAAUAUACUUUCAGAAAUUCUAUUUUAAACUAUUAAAAUUUUAUAAAAAUAAGAUAUGAAUGAACAUUUAAAAUCAAGAAUAACUGGUAUAAUAUUAAGUUCUUUAUAUGCAAUACCUAAAAAAACAUAUGAAAUUUUAUCUGAAGUCUUUAAUGAUGUUUAUAAUCGUAUUUUAGAUACUAAAUAUUCACCAGGAUAUGAUAUUAAAUUAUUUGUUAUAACUAUGUCAUCAUUGAUUCUUAAAUAACCAAAUCUACUUACACCAAAUUUAAUUAGUAUUAUUACAAAUAAUUUGAUUGCUUAAGAAAAAUAUGAAAAAGAUUAAAAAUAUAAAUUAAAUCAGUAAUCUAUAUUAUUUAUAUAACAUUAGUUAUAUGGAUGAUGAAUUUGAUGAUGAAGAUGAUAGUGAUUUUAAUGAUGAGGAAGAAAUGACAUAAGCUUAAUAAUAAACUGAAUAAUUCCUUAGUCCACUUGUUAAAGAGGAUGAAUUUUCUAAAUUCAAAUAAACUCUUUUAAAUGUUAAGAAUACGUAUAUCUAUUAUAUUUAUUUUAGUUUUCCUUAUGCUAUUGAUUAACUUAAAAAUGGAUUAGACUAAUUUAUCAUCAAUAAAAUUAAUGAAUAUUUCUAAUUCAUUAGAGUAGAAACUUAAGAUGGAGAAGAAUUAAGAUAAUUUCGAUAGCUUAAAAAUUUCAAUCGCAAAAAGUAAUUUAAUAAUUGA